CUCGCCGCUGUACAACCCGCGCUCAAGCUUUCGCUAGCUUAACAGACAUCUCUACACAUAUUCGCAAUGGCUGCAGCAAGUGAAGUACCGCGCAAGCUUCGACGUGCCACCUAUGUAAAGGUUCAGGACCUCACGCCAGGCUCGCAAGGACACAAUCUAGUGCUACAGGUGGUUUCUAUUGCCCCAACGGUGGAGAAGAAGCGGUACGACGGCACCAUCUCACGUAUUGCCGAGGCGGUGCUGGCGGACGAGACCGGAUGCGUCACGUUGACUGCGCGAAAUGACCAGAUCGACAUGCUGAAGGAAGGACUUGAUGUGGUGGUGCGCAACAGCAACGCCGACAUCUUCAACGGCUUCAUGAGGCUUAACGUGACGCAGUGGGGGAAACUGUCGCCACAUCCGGAUGGUGUGGCGUCUACACCUCCAGCGCCGCCCAAAGUCAACACGGACAGCAACAUCUCCGCUGUCGAGUACGAACUGGUUACGGUUGACGACGCCGAGGAAUGAGUCGGCGCAGAGCCCUGCAGGGAUAGGAUCAGUGUAUCAGUGUAGUUGCGUACUAACGCGUUAAAACUCGAACACGCAGAGCUGCUCCACGUUA